AUCAUCGCAAGUUGUUGACCAAGAGAGUUGCAGAGACGCCACUACAUAAGCAGGUCUCCAGGAGACUACUACAUAAGCAGAUCAAAGGGCGGUCUUCUGAUCCAGGUUGUGACACUGGUGUUGUAGAAGAAUCUCCAGAGAAGGCCAUAAACGCAGGUUUGAGAAGAAGCCCACGCAUCAAACAGCUGUCUUUGAAUAGGACCUGCUCUGGUGUUUUCUGUUCCACUACGCAGCCCAGAUCCCAAAGUUCACAGCGAGUCCGUCAGGGACAAGAAGAGGAGAGCUGUACGCUGCAGGAUGUAGAAGGCACUAAGCGGCAUUCAGAGAGCCCCACUGUCCAGACUCCCAAGAGGUUUUUCUUUGGUGCAGUCGUUGACACAUGUAGUCCUGCAGUGAAGCAUUCACCUGGAAGCAGGAGAACAAGAAAAGAUUCCUUACACUUAGAGGAGCUGACUGCCUGUCAGACUCCUAGAAAAACACCUCAUAAAUUUGCCCAGAAGCCACUGAAUUCUGCCAACAGGAGGCAGCGGGAGGCUGCAGCACGGAUGGGAAAUGCUCAACUUCUAGCCAAGUUCACUGCUCCUAAAAGUUGUUGCAAAGUGCCUUCUGCUAGCUCACCAACUUACGAAGUUGAACUUGAAAUGCAAGCUUCAGGCCUGCCCAAACUUCGCAUUAAGAAAAUUGGCUCUUGCUCAUCGUUGGAAGUUCAACCUGAAGCCAGUGCCAGCAAAGCCAAGGGAGGAGAAAGCCCCUUUGGGGAUCUUGCUAUGACCGGGUGUAGCAAGCACCCGGGAAAACUAGCGGCUGCCUGUGUUUCACCGUCCUGCUUUCGCUCUUUCCACAGUACACCUGGGAAAGGUGGAGGACAGACCUACAUAUGCCAGUCAUAUACCCCAACAAGCUGUCCCUCUAAUGCCACCUCCCCGUCCCCCUUAGAAGCAGGCGUUCCCCGGACGCCUUCUCCAAAGCAGAAGGGGAAGACUACCCCUGAUGCUAUCAACGAUUGGCCUCGGAGAAAGAGAGCAGCAGGCAGCACUGCUAACGCUAGCUGUGGUCAAAGUGAGAAGAAUGCUGAUGAACAGAAGAGGAUGUCAACAGGCAGAGAAGGAGAGAUGAAGAUCUUGGAGCAUUGCAGCAGCAAAGUAACAAAUGCUCUUGGGGAAUUUGAACUGGAAGGGAUUUACAGGCUGCAGGAUCAGGCAUCUCCUAAUGACUCUGAACCCAGGGCUGAUGAGGACUCUGCCAUGGGAACUUUUGGCUUGAAAUCUCGGAAGCGGGUCUCUACGUAUCUAUCACCAGAAAAAGAGGAGAACUGUGAUGCCAAGAGAUCUUGCACUGAUAGGUGCGGCUUUGAUCUCACUGCCUUUUCCACAGAUGAGGGCUACAGAAGCAAAUCAAGGAUGGACUCUCUGCUUCCCGAGAAACCAGGAGCAUGUGCGCUCAUAACUCCCGAGCAGCACGGUUGUGUAGGGGAUGAUGAUGUCUUCCUUUUAUCAGGCUCAACUCCACCGGUGAAGAGUGCGCUCUCUGCCAGCAGCCUUCUGGCGCUGACCCAGUCCCCGCUGCUGUGCCAGGGACAGACACCGUCUCGGAGAAAGCGUGUGCAAGACGAGGAAUCCGAUGCCUUCCAAAUUACUACCAACCAGGAGCUGUCUCCAUUCCACAUCAUGGCUUCCAGGAAGCGUCCCCUUAGCAGGACUUACUUACGGAAAAAGCUGCUCAGCUAA